AUGACUGGCGCGCCCGAUUCGACAACUCCACCGGACAGUACUCUUUCAGAGAAGAAGGAGGAGACCCCCCCUGCCGCGACGACAGAUGUCGAAGGCGCUCUCAGCGGUAGUCAAGAUCCUCUAGCUCUGCUAGAGAAGAUCCGAACAAACGAUGAUGCGCACCCAAGUAAAUGGCCGUUGUGGAAGAAAUGGGCCAUCACCUUCAUAUAUUGUCUGCUGCAGGUGUUUGUCACGCUCACAUCGACCACAUACGUCUCUGUCGAGUUUCUGGUCGAGGAGAAAUUCGGCAUUACGGAUGCUCAAGUCGCCACCCUGGGCCAGUCGAUGUUCAUUAUUGGGACGGCCGUCGGACCAGCUUUUCUGGGUCCUUUGUCUGAUAUCGGAGGUCGCAAAUGGGUCUAUGUUGGCGCAAUUCUGUUGUACGCCAUCCUCAACAUCGGAACUGCGCUGGCAGACAACUACCCUAUGCUGGUCAUCUUCUGCUUCUUGAUCGGUGUGGCCGGAUCAGUUGCAUUGAACAAUGUAGCGGGCACCAUCUCGGAUCUAUUUGGCGAUGCGGACAAUGCCGCACAGCCGAUGGCACUCUUCGUGCUGAGCGCCAACUUCGGUCCUAGUCUGGGCUCACCGAUUGGAGAAUGGAUCGCAGAGAAUGACAAUCUCAGCUGGCGAUGGAUCUUUUACAUCAACAUCAUCAUCGGCGGCGCUUUCGCCGUCAUCUUGUGUUUUGUUCCUGAAACACUUCCACGAGUCGUAAUCUCUAAUGCCGUCAAACGAAGAGGUAGCGUCGACCAGAACGCCGUCGAAAUUGCGUUGGGAUCGAGUAGAUUGUCCGUUAUGCAGGAGUUCAAAUUUGUCACGACCAUGGCACUGAAGAUCAUGGUCACGGAGCCCAUUGUCAUUGCUCUUGGAUUGUACAACGGCUUCGCGUACGGAUUGCUCUUUCUCUACUUGGACGGCGUGUUUGACGUCUUUGUCUUCAACAAUGGCCUCAGCUACAUCAACGCUGACUUGACAUAUCUGAACUUCUGUGUUGGUGUCACUGUGACCUUUUGCUUCGUCCCGGUCCAGACGUACCUCUUCCGCCGCGACCGGCUCAAGCACGGCUACCACCGACCCGAAGCACGCUUCCUCACCUCGCUCGUCGGCGUCUGGCUCUUCCCCGUCUCCCUGCUCUGGUUCGGCUUCACCUCCGACGGCACCGUGUCCUAUUGGUCCCCCAUCGUCGCCGGCGGCGUGCUGGGCUUCUGCGACCCGCUACUCUGGCUCGCCAUGCUCAACUACAUCACCGACAGCUACGCCAACGUCGCUGCCAGUGCCAUUGCCGCAUUCCUAAUCCCAAGCUUCCUGAUCGCCGCCGCCCUCGCGCAUGCCGGCGUCGCCAUGUUCGAAAACAUGAGCACGAAAUGGGCCUUUGCCACGCUCGGCUUCCUCAGUUUCGGCCUCGUCGCCAUCAUCUACAUCCUGUUCUUCUUCGGCCCGCGUAUUAGGCGCUACAGCAAGCUGGCGAGAACCUUUGAGCAUGAGAGAACCCAGUAA